CGUCAAAAUUUUUCAAAUUUUUGAAUAAAUAAUAAAAAAAUCAAAUAUAUAAUAUGUUUUUUUUUAAGUCAAGGUCUCGAACUUAAAAUAUCACUUGGCUAUGACGAAUGACGAAAAAAACUUUAUAAUUAGCCGUACUGUACAGGUGAUAAUGCUGCUCCUAGAUAAGCGUUAUUGGGGGGGGUCAUAGUUUAUCAGACACCAAUUGGGUGUGUACUAUUUUUAUUUUUAAUUAAUUUGUUUAUAAUAAUAAUUAAUAGUAGUGGUAGCGUAAUGUCGGAGAACGAGCAGCAGCAGCAGCAGAGACCCCUAGUGGGUGUAAUCGAUGCCAGCACUAGGACCGUAAAAUUCGGGGUCUUUGUUAGUCAGCACAUAAAAGAACUGGCCGAACAUGCCAUAGAUCUGGAGCCAAUUACCCCUAAGGAGGGUUGGUCUGAGCAGGAUCCUCUAAAGAUCCUUGAGGCAGUAAAGAUUUGCAUGGAAAAGGUUGUCGCUGGUUUAGGACCUGUUAAAGCAAAUAACAUUAUAACCAUCGGUAUAACCAACCAGAGGGAGACCACUAUAGUAUGGGACAAAACCACUGGGAAACCUCUAUAUAAUGCUCUUGUGUGGAAUGACAUCAGAACAGACUCCACGGUAGACAUAAUCCUGGCGAAAAUCCCUGAAAACAACAAGAACCAUUUCAAGCCAGUCUGUGGCCUCCCGAUUUCCCCAUAUUUCAGCGCUUUUAAGCUAAAAUGGCUGAUGCACCAUGUACCCGCAGUAAAAAAGGCCAUAAAAGAGAAAAAGUGCCUUUUCGGUACCGUAGAUACAUGGUUACUAUGGAACUUGACCGGAGGGCCCAAGGGAGGGAAACAUUUAACUGAUGUAACCAAUGCUUCUCGCACCUUUUUAAUGAACAUUGAGACCCUUUAUUGGGACGCACAGUUGCUCAGCACCUUUAAAAUACCCGUGAACAUUUUACCGGAAAUCAGGAGCAGUUCAGAGAUUUACGGGGCUAUUGGGGACAUGUGGCCUUUGAAAGGGGUUACAAUUUCUGGGAUAUUAGGGAACCAACAAUCGGCCCUUCUGGGGCAGAGCUGUUUCAAGGAGGGGAUGGCGAAAAACACAUAUCGUAGCGGCUGUUUUUUGCUAUAUAAUACGGGAAAUAACAGGGUGCAAUCGUCCCACGGUUUAGUAACGACUGUGGCCUACAAGUUGGGCGAUCAGGCUCCGAUUUACGCUUUGGAGGGGAGCGUGGCCAUAGCGGGCGCAGCGAUGAAAUGGCUCCGGGACAACAUGGGAUUCAUGAAGGAUAUUAGCAAGGAAACCGAAUCGUUGGCCAAGGAGGUUUUUAGCACCGGAGACGUUUAUUUUGUGCCCGCCUUUAAGGGUCUCUACGCUCCUUAUUGGAGGAAAGAUGCCAGGGGUAUAAUCUGCGGUUUAACGGCCUUCUCGACCAAACAGCACAUAAUCAGGGCCGCACUGGAGGCGGUCUGUUUCCAAACCAGAGACAUCCUAGAAGCGAUGAACAAAGACUGCGGCAUCCCGUUGGAAAAACUCCACGUGGACGGCGUGAUGACCACCAAUAACUUAUUGAUGCAACUGCAGGCGGAUAUCAGUGGCGUACCGGUGAUCAGGGCGCAGUCCCAAGACGUGACGGCCCUGGGGGCCGCAAUGGCCGCCGGUAUGGCCCGGGGCGUGGACGUCUGGGACAUUUACGCGGAGGAGAGGGAGUUGGUGCCCAGCGAUACUUUUUUGCCCACGUCCACCGAAGACGAACGCGAUACCAGAUACACCAAGUGGAAAAUGGCCGUCCAGAGGUCCUUGGGUUGGGUUUCCCCCAAGAAAUCAGCUGUUAUGACCGAGGAACGUUAUCAGCUGCUAUCCAGCAUUCCAGGCAGUCUCUAUGCGAUAUUAAGCUUCGGACUACUCGUCUUGUCGCAAUACUUGGAUAAUUAACGUUUAUGCUCUUUUUAUGAUAUUAUUGUACUUAUGAAGGUUGUUAUGUUGAUUUUUAAUAAAUUUUAUUUGGAAAA